AUGCUGAUCAAAGUGCCGACAGCAGUACGGUUAUACUCAGUGAAACGAACUCCAAUCAAGCCAUUCAAGGAAGUCUUGAAGAGAAUACAACCGAGUAAUACGGAAUUAUCUGAGAAAUCGAAGAAGAACAAUAUUCCAGAGUGGAAGAAACAAAUCAUUAGUGUUAAGAAGAAGAUUGGUAAUGAGCGAUGGAGUCCAUCAAAGCGCCUAUCCAGGGAAGAGAUAGAAAGUGUCAGGUUACUAAAGAGAUCAUUCGCUAAUAUUACGAACACUGAGCUGAGUGAGAGGUUUAAAGUUUCACCAGAAGCUAUUAGAAGAAUAUUGAAAUCCAACUGGGAACCUAAUGAUGAAGAAUGGGAGAAAGUUCAAAAAAGGUGGCAAAGAAGAGGAGAAAGGAUAAAAGAAUUAUAUGCAAAUGGUGGAAAUAUUUCUUCUAAUGGCCAUCAAGUGGUUGAAAACCUUGUACCACAUAAGAAAGUGAUAAUAUCUAGUGGUCGGCAUAUGAACACCUUUGAUGUAAUUGAAAAAAAAGUACGAAGUACAAAACCUACAAUUAGUAUUAAAGAUCAGAAACUGAAAGAUAAAAAAUUAAAAUUACUCGAGAUAUCUGCUACGAAAAGAUGA